AUGUCGCGCUCCUUCUAUGUGGAUUCGCUCAUCGUCAAGGACGCGGCGGUGGCGGCGAGGCCGGUGGUGCCUGCCCUGCCGGAGCCGCCCCCGCCGCCCCCCGGCCAGGACUUCCUCAUUCCGCUGGGCGUGCCGGCGCCGCUGGUGAUGUCCGUGGCCGGCGGGCCCGCCUGCCCGUCGCGCAAGAGCGGCGGCUCCUUCUGCGUCUGCCCGCUCUGUGUCACCUCGCACCUGCACGCCACGGCGCGGGCGGGCGCGGCGGGCGGAGGCGCCGCCGCCGCUUCCCUCCCGCUGCUCAAGGGCCACUUCGGUCCCGGAGGAGCCGGGCAGGGCGGCGAGGGCCAGUUCUGCCCCCGGAUGAGCCACGUCCAGCAGCAGACGGCCCCGCAGCAGCAGCAGCCGCCCCUCGGCUCGGUGGCAUCCGCGGCGGCGGCGGCGGCUCAAGCCUUAGCCCACCCACCUGUUUGCGCAGCGGCCGCCUACGGCAUGAGCGACCCCCGGCGUUUCCACUGCCUCGGCCUGGGAAAUGCCCCAAGUAUGCUUAAUGCAAGCUUGAGACUGUGCACAAUGCAGGUAUGUGCAUGCAAAGGAGGGGAGGAUAUGCCAAAAGUAGAAAGUGGAGAAUCAAUGAAUUUAUGCAGAAAUGUGUGA